CUUUUCCCAUCCUAUAAAAGCCAAGCCACUCCAUUCAAAUCUUUCUACAACUAAUACAUAGAAAUCAUCAAACAGUGAAAAGAGAGAAGAGAUGGCAAAAAAGGUUCAAAGAAGAGCAGCAUCUCGUAGAAAGCUUCAGCUUCUGCGAACUCUUACCAAUUCCAAAUCUGUUAGAAGGAGGUCCAUCAUCUUAAAUGUUCUUCUCCAUUUUCACAAGCUUAAAGUCAAGUUGGAAGAAAUACAAAGAGAGUACCAAAACCUUAUGGCUAUCAGAAACGAAUAUUUCAAUCUGUUGAAGCAUAUACAAAUCCCAAAGGAAGUGAAAGUGGAGAAGCUUGGGGAAGAUCAGUUUGUGGUUAAAGUGAGGUGCAACAGAGGAGGGGAUAAGUUGGUGUCAAUUGUAGAGGCGUUUGAAGAACUGGGUCUUAAUGUUGUUCGAGCUAGAGUUUGUUGCAACCAUUUCUUUGCCAUGGAAGCCAUUGUUGUGGCUCAAGACCAACAAACUACUAAAACCAAAGAUGUUACUCAAGCUAUUCUUAAGGCCAUUGACAAGCAAGGAGGAGAGAGGAUUCUUGUAACAUAAGAAUUUUAUCAAUUAAUAGAAUGUUGUGUUGGAAAAGUUAAUGUUUCGUCUAAGAACCUAGCUUAGCUUAUGUAGAUUCUCAUUUUCAUUUUAAUGUUGCAAAAAAAUGAAAAUGAAGAUCAAAGAAUAUACAAUGAGAUUUUCAUUUUGUAUUUUCCUA